GCUGAAGGGAUGGUGCUCAUUGUCCUGGGAGGAGUUAAGAGCGGUAGAAUAGUUAGGAGGCCUGAGGUAGACUACUGGGAAGCUUCAAUAUGUCUUCAGUAACCAGGGAACUACCACAGCCCAAUCAGGAUAUGGAGCAACAAACCUCAAGUUCCGAAGAGAGGAAAAAGAUGAAGACUCCCUAUAAACCCAGGUCCAGAGGUGGUAACAAGGCACUGAAGACAACCCUGAAGGUGAAAAGACCCCUCCACAGGCGUUUGAGUAAAAAAGUCUCAGAAAAAACUAACAACCCCGUAAGAAAGCCUAAAAAAGCUAGAACACCACUCUUCGGUCAUUACCACAAACUGAACGAGACGAUGAAGCAAAAUGAGCUACAGCAAGCCCAAGAGAAGGUGGAGAAGUCCACCACAUCAAAUGAUGACCAGGGCAGCCAGUAACUCCAGAGUGAGGCCAGAGACUUCGGUAAUAUCUGCUAAGUCUCCAGAGGUCCGGUGGCUGAGAAAUGGCUAAUCGUGUAGACGUUGAAUUUUACAGCA